AUGGAUCAAACACCAACAGAGCCAGCUGUCCCAUUGGAUAUCACACCAGAUUUCUCACAAUAUGAAAUCAAACUUUAUCCAAUCGAAAAAGAGUUCCUAGCUUGCUUAGACACCAGAAAAGGUCAAGAAUCAAGUGAGCAAGUCGAUUCUAAAAUUGAAACUGUCGUGGUUCUUGACAGAUCAGGCUCAAUGGGUGAAUCUGUUGAGAUGAUUGUCAACAAUGUCCUACCAAAGUUCUUCGAGCUUCUAUCUUACGAUCCUGAGACUAUCAUUAACUUAAUUGCAUUUGAAACCAGCACAAAAGUCCAUAAAAUCAAAGUUGGUGACUUUAUCAAAUUCAGAAUGUUUUGUGAAGGAUGUACUGCAAUGGCACCGGCUGUUGAAGAGCUUUAUAAGCUAUUCGAACAAUUUCAAUCUAAUGUGAAGUCAUUGAGGAUUGUCACAAUUUCUGAUGGUGAAGUCAACGACAAAAAAGCAACAAAAGAUCUUGGUGAUAAGCUUGCUGAGUAUGCUGGCAAAUGUAACAUUUCAGUCAACUCCCAAGCUGUCAGGUUCUUUACAUCUAAUGCUCAACCAGACACAACUGCACUUUGCAGCUUAUUGCAGCUCAAUAAUAUUGGAAACAGCCAAAUGAUUGACAUCAAGGAAGAAAAGAAGUCACCUGAAGACAUUGCUAAGGAAAUGGCGAAUCUAUUUGUAAAUGAUGGACUUGAUAAGUCUAAGAUGUUGAAGUCAAGUGAGGCUUUAUUCUAUAAAUUCCCAUGGGACAAAGACCCGACCGACCAAAUUGUUAUUUUACCUGGAAUUAAAAACUUUUUCUGGGUCAAUGGAGUUCCAGAUGACUCACAAGUCUUAACAAUAGACGGUAAGUCUAUCAAAGUGUCUGCAGAACCAUCCAUCAACUUUGACGUGCUUAUGGACAGCGUAAAGCUCAAUUUUAUCAUCGACCGCAUGAAGAUUCUUAAAAUUAUUAAUACAGAUGCAGCAAAAGAAACCAUCGACAAAAUGGUCGCGUAUUUCACGAAAAUUGAAAAUAUUCUUAUUAAGCUAGCUGCUGAGGAGGAUGUAGAUCCAACAUCGAUUGCAGGCCGUGCGAAACUUUUGAAGAUUAAUAAAAUUUUGUCAAAACAAAUUACUGGAUUCUUACAGACCAUAGCUACUGAUGAUGAGGUUAAUAAGCUAAAUGCUGAGCAGAAGGCGCAUUAUUUGAGAACUGUGGAAGUAUCAAGUAAGGCUGGACGUGGAUUAGCUAAGAGAGCUGCUAAGCAGAGACGAAAGAAUCGUAAUAAGAUGCUCAGCUUUGAUGAGAUCAUUCAUAAAGAGGUCCUCUCAAUCAAAGCAAAUUUCCACGAAAUCAAGGAUAUCGACUACAAGGACCAUACAGUAUCCUUCUACUCACAAGCAACAACCUUCGAAGGCAUCAUGUCUUUAGUUGAAGCUGCAGAUGAUGUUCUAUUCAAAAACUACACCGCGGAUGAGAUCCUGCAGAUCAUUAAUAUUGUUGGAGUCGCUUGCUGCUCACCAAAGGGUGAUUAUCCAGAUGCAUCGAAGUGGAGAGUCAAUGAGAUCUAUUAUGGAUGCUAUAUCAGUGUUGCUGACAUAAUAACUUCAUAUCAUCAGUCUAAGGACACUGGAUUUGUUCUUAAAGCUCCUGGAUCUGACAAAAAGAACAUCAAAGAGAUCACGAGUACAAUUCCUGUGUUUGAUGAUCCAAGAAUUGGUGUCUUUUUGAAAAAGUAUGCUCCAUCGAUCCUGGAAUUUACUUCGUCGAUUGGAAUGAGAAAAGUCAUUGCUGAUGUUUCGAUGACAUUUGGAUAUAACAUCAUCGCUGGUAUCCGAAGAAUGAUGUAUGACCUAAACAAGAACAGAUCGACAGUCCACUUAGAAACCUUUAAGAACUUGAUCAGCACAGCAUCUUCAUUUGUUGGUAAAUAUUAUGACCACAUUCAGGAACACUUGAAGGACAAAGACUGUGGACAGUACGGAUAUUACUUAGAUAACAACGGAAUAGGGAACCUUAUUGUUCCACUUAUCCGAAUCUACAGCAAAAAGAACCACGAAGCAGUCAAGAGAAUGCCAGACAUCCUCAGAGCCAUCUACAGCUAUGAAGUCUGGAAAGGAAUCAGCAAGCAAUUUAGAUCAGAAAAGAAGUUUAACAAAAUUGUCAGAGAAAUGAUCCAUAAGCUCCUGAAUAUUGACUUGGAACUUGAUAAUGUCAAAGUUGCUCCCCUUUUUGAACCUGAACCAAAACGUGAAGACAUCAAGUUCCCUGAUGCGUUUGAGAUUGAUGUGGAAUAUCUUGAUGAACUCACGCAGCCACUUUACUAUCACAAUUACAUGAGCUUACUGCCUCAACUAUUGACUGCAGUCACAUCUGGACAACUUCAGGACAUCAAAAAUAUUCCAGAAAUGACAAAAACAUCAACAAUGCAUGCUUUUGGCACCGACUAUAGUUACAAGAAGUUCAUAUUCUUAAAUGUCUAUCAAGCUCUAAGAUAUCCACGUCCUGCUGAUCGUAUUGACUUUACAGCUCAAACUAUGAAGAUCCUAGAUACCAAAUAUCACGAUGAAGUCAUUGAAGAUGUAAAAAAGUACGUCCGUGGGCAGUUUGAGGCACAAUAUGAUUUUGACGUUAAGAUGAAGCAACGACAAGAGGAACUGGAAAUGGCACAAACAAUUGUUGGCAGCCUGAUGAAUGAGACAAGUUACGAAGCUAUGGUCAACAUCUGGAAGAAUGGAAUAACAAGGAACAACAUAACCUAUAAAAUUGCAAAUUCAUCCAGCAAUGGAUUUAAGCUGCUUUGCAAGAAGUUGAUUGACUUGAAGGUUGAGAUUCAACUUAGGUCUAAGAUUAUUGAGGUUUUGUUGCUUGGAGUUGAUGCUGAUGGUCAAGUUGUGUACAACAAUGGUCAACUUGUUGACAUCAAGAACAUCAAAAAGUAUAAAAGAAGGUUCUUGCUAACUGGAACCACUGAAGAUUGGGAUAAAAUAGAAGAAAAAUUUAAUGACCGAGCCACUUACACAUACCGUGACAAAGAGAACAAACGAGGACAUGGAAACAAGAAAAUGUCAUAUUGGGCUUUGGGAUUUGAUAGCCCAUCAGAAUUUUUAAAAACACUAGCCAUAGACGAACGUGAUGAAUACUUUGAUAAGCAUAUGAGAUGCUGUGACUCUUUCAACAUUCGAAGGAAACAAGAAGGCAAUUAG